AUGUCCGACAAACUUUAUAAAGGUUGUCUAGUCGAAAAGCAAUCUAAAAAGUCUUUCAUUUCGAUUAUGCCAAUGAGAUCCUCCCGCAUACUCGAAGUUGUACAUUCAGAUGUAUGUGAAUCUUUUGAGGAGCAUACGAUUGGUGGAAAUAGGUAUUUUGUUCUGUUUGUCGAUGAGUUUAGUAGAAAGCUAUGGGUCUAUGCGAUCAAGCGAAAGGAUGAAGUAUUUGAAAUCUUUAAGAGAUUCAAGAUGCUUGUUGAAAACCUGAGUGAUAAGAAGAUCAAGCAUGUUCCUGAUACUAGAAGAAGGAAGCUUGAUGACAAGAGUGAACCUAUGAAGCUGGUAGGAUAUCAUAAAAUUGGUGCAUACAUGCAGUUCAAUUCAAUUAAUCAGAAGAUCAUGAUGAGUCGAGAUAUUGUGAUUGAUGAAAAUUUUGCUUGGGAUUGGAAUUUUGGUGAUCCAGUUGACAAGCUAUUGAUGAGCUAUGAUUUCGACGAAGCAAGUAGUGAUGUCGAGGUCAAAGAUAUUGUUAAUAUUCCAGUCGAAGUCAGAGUAGUUGAUGACAUUCCCGACAUAGUCGAAGUCAAAAAUGGUGUAUCUAGUACUAGUCAAAGACCUCAAAGAACUAGAGCUCGUCCAACCAGACUUCAAGAUUAUAAAGUGACUGAUGAUGAUAAAGUCACACGAGAUGGAGAAUUAGUUCAUUUUGCCUUACUUGCAGAUGGUGAAUCAAUCAACUAUAGCGAAGCCUUAAACGAUAAAAAGUGGAAGUCAUCUAUGGUCGAAGAGUUACAAGCAAUCAAAAGAAACAACAUAUGGGAGUUAAUCGAAUUGUCAGCACAUACAAAAGUUAUCGAAGAGAAGUAG